AUGGAAGGCACUCACUGCACCCUCCAGUUGCAUAACCCCAUCACUGAACUCUGCUAUAUCAGCUUCUAUCUUCCAAAGGGGGAAGUCAGAGGAUUUUCAUACAAGGGCACUGUAACUCUAGACAGAUCCAAUAAUGCUUUUCAUAACUGCUACCAAGUCAGGGAGGGGCCAGACAUCACCAGCCUCAGCCAGCAGCCGAACGAACAUCCAGGCGACAUCUUUUUCAAACAGACUCCUACAAAAGACAUUCUGACCGAGCUCUACAAGCUCACAGCAGAGAGAGAGAGGCUGCUGGACAGUCUGCUGAGGUCAGACCACAUCCUGGGCAUUUCGAUGGGGAGCCAGGAGGGGAAGGUGCAGGAGCUGUCAGUGAGCCUUGCCCCCGAGGAAGACUGCUUGCAGAGUGCUGGCAACAUGAGCAGAGAGCUCCCUGCGAGCUCUCUCAUUAGGAGGAGCACCCAAGGGAGCAAAAAGCCCCGGAGGACUGGCAGGAGGAGAGAGAGCCCUGAGGAGCUCCGGCUGAAGAGAACCAGGAGGAAAGGGCGUGACCAUCAGGAGUCAGCUCCUCAGAUGGGGAAGGGCCAAGUCUGUUCCAAUAGCUCUCUUUCUCCUUCUCGAGCUAGGCCUGACCUCAGGCUCCUAGAAGAAACAGGAAAUUUAGUUCCUCAGGGAACGCUCACGUCUUCCUUACGGAGGCGAGAGAGCUGCCCAGCCAACAUCCUCAGGACGUCAGAUGCAGACCUGGGCUUCGGAAGCUCUGGGAGGACCUCAGAGGACACUGAUCUCGAAGGACCCCUGUCCUCUGACAGCAGCCCCACUGAGGUAGGAGGUGCUGGCGUUGGAGGGCAGCUCAAAAGUCCUCCUCAUAAGCAGGAGCCCCCACACCCAAGUUUGUCUGAAAGUCAUGAGAAACAUCGUGGGGCCGAGAGGUGGGGCGGCGGGACUCGAAAGUCAAAGUCAUUGGAGCGGACUUGCAGGAAGAAACCUGUUUCCAAAGUGGUGGCCAAGGUCCAGGAGCUGUCUGCUCCAGUGCAAAGAGUAGUUAGGGCGCAUCCUGACGGCGAGGGAAGGGUUGCCUUUUGCCCACAGACCCAAACUGAGUUCCUCCAGAAAGCUGACUUCCUCACCCUCCCAGGAGCUGAGGCUGAGCCUCAUAGUUCCAGGAGGCUGGGGGAGGAACAGCGAGGGGUCCAAUCCUUGCAGCCCUCAACCACCGAAAGAGCCUCCAUUACCAGUGAAUCAGCUGGCAGCACCGAGGGGGCUGUGAACAAGGUUCUCCGGAAGGUGAUAGAGAGUGAGAAGUUAGAUGAAGCCACCGAGGGGAGAAGGUUGGGCUUCACUCUCAACACAAGGGCCACCUAUGCUUUCCCAGAAAGUAGUAGCCAAAGGAAGGCUGGGCUACCCCAGGGUGGCCAUAAAUUCUUGCUUCUGGAUCUACCCCACACUGUAGGUCCUGAAGCCCCACAACUCAAAUGCGAUGAGAGGAAGCCAACCCCCCAAGCACCAACAGCUCUCGGCAUGGUAUUUAAUAAUUCAUCGCCUCAGCCCAGCGCACACAAACGGCUGUCACCUGUUCCCUCGCCUCUGUCUCCAAGGUGCCCCAGCCCACAGCAGCACCACAGGAUUCUCCCGCUCCCUCCACUGCCUAGUGAAGGAGAAGCUGUUUUUAAUGAACGCCCUAAUAGGAAGAACGGUGUCUCCUCUGGGUUUCCCUCUGCUGACACCUUGGAGCCAUCCUCUUCUACGAAGGUCACGGAGGCCAAAGGAGCCAGCCCGACUUGCCUCAGAGCAAGCCAGACUUGGCUGGUGUCUGAGGAAGCAGCGUCAGAAAAAAGCUUGGAGCAGCAGGAGAAGAUUACAGCUCCCCCCCAGCACCAGGUGCCACCAGGUAUCCCCUCUGAAGGCUUUCCCUGUGACAGCUUCAAUGAGAAGACAGCGAAAGACCUUCCCAACAAGGAUGGAGGUGCUUCUGUCCUGGGUUACAGAGCCGGACCACUCUGUCCAUUUAUGCUCCAUGAAGAAAAAGAAAAAUCAAGUAGAAGUGAAUUGUACUUGGAUCUCAACCCUGACCAGAGCCCCACGGAGCAGGAUGACAGGACUCCAGGCAGACUCCAGGCUGUCUGGCCACCCCCAAAGACAAAGGACGCAGAAGAAAAAGUGGGACUGAAGUACACUGAAGCAGAAUACCAGGCUGCUAUCCUACAUCUGAAGAGGGAGCACAAAGAAGAAAUUGAAAACCUGCAGGCUCAAUUUGAACUUAAGACAUUUCACAUCCGGGGUGAGCAUGCAUUAAUAACAGCAAGUCUUGAAGAAACCAUUGAAAAUCUCAAGCAACAGUUAGAAAACCGCUGGGGAGGAAGAGGGUGUGAGGAGAUGAGAGAUGCAUGCAUCUCCACUGAUGAUGACUGCUCUCCGAAGGCCUUCAGGAAUGUGUGUAUUCAGACAGACAGACAGACAUUUCUCAAGACCUGUGAUGGUGAAAGCAAGACAGCCAGAAGCAAUCAGAUAGUGCCGAAGAAGCUGACUAUCUCACUAGCCCAGCUCUCUCCAUCAAAAGACAGCAAGGACACCCCACCUCAGAUGAGAGAAGGCAUCUCAUGUAGUCAGCAGAAGACAUCGCCUCCCCCACCCCCGCCACCACCUCCUCCUCCCCCUAUCCCUCCCCCUCCGCCUCUCCCACCUGGACUUGGACCUUUGCCACCAGCACCACCCAUAUCACCUGUCAGUGCUGGAUCACCUCUACCACCUCCUCCACCUCCUCCACCACCUCCCCUGCCUCCAAGUGCUGGGCCUCCCCCGCCUCCUCCCCCACCACCACUUCCUAUCAGUGGAAGUCUUCUUCCUCCUCCACCACCACCGCUGCCUCCCUUAGGACUUGUACCACCACCUCCUCCUGGACUGUCCUUUGGACUCAGCUCUACUUCCAGCCAGUGUCCCCGUAAACCAGCCAUUGAGCCCAGCUGUCCCAUGAAGCCUUUGUAUUGGACUAGAAUACAAAUAAGUGAUAAGAGCCAAGACGCCACACCAACUUUGUGGGACUCCUUAGAAGAACCUCAUAUUAGGGACACCAGUGAAUUUGAAUAUUUAUUCUCCAAAGACACAACUCAACAGAAGAAGAAGCCCCUAUCAGAGACCUAUGAGAAGAAGAACAAAGUGAAAAAGAUCAUCAAGUUAUUGGAUGGAAAACGAUCUCAAACUGUGGGAAUCUUGAUAUCCAGUUUACAUUUAGAAAUGAAAGAUAUCCAACAGGCCAUAUUUAAUGUGGAUGACUCUGUGGUUGAUCUGGAGACCCUGGCGGCCUUAUAUGAAAAUCGAGCCCAAGAGGAUGAACUGACUAAAAUAAGGAAGUACUACGAGACAUCCAAAGAAGAAGACUUGAAGCUGCUAGACAAGCCCGAACAAUUUUUGCAUGAGUUAGCCCAAAUUCCCAAUUUUGCUGAACGUGCCCAGUGCAUAAUCUUCAGGGCUGUGUUUUCCGAGGGCAUCACAUCCUUACACCGAAAAGUAGAGAUUGUCACACGAGCCUCGAAGGGCUUGUUGCACAUGAAGAGUGUGAAGGAUAUCCUAGCUCUCAUUCUGGCUUUUGGAAAUUAUAUGAAUGGAGGAAAUAGGACGCGAGGGCAAGCAGAUGGAUAUAGUUUAGAAAUUCUGCCCAAACUCAAAGAUGUCAAAAGUCGGGACAAUGGGAUGAACCUGGUGGACUAUGUUGUGAAGUACUACCUGCGGUACUAUGAUCAGGAAGCUGGGACAGACAAGAGUGUUUUCCCACUACCUGAACCACAGGAUUUCUUCCUGGCCUCCCAAGUCAAGUUUGAAGACCUCAUAAAAGAUUUGAGAAAACUGAAGCGACAACUAGAAGCCAGUGAGCAGCAGAUGAAGCUGGUGUGUAAGGAGUCCCCAAAAGAGUAUCUGCAGCCCUUCAAGGACAAACUGGAGGAGUUCUUCCAGAAAGCCAAAAAAGAACAUAAAAUGGAAGAAAGUCACUUGGAGAAUGCACAGAAAAGUUUCGAAACAACAGUGGGAUAUUUUGGAAUGAAGCCAAAGACUGGAGAGAAGGAGAUCACCCCCAGCUAUGUGUUUAUGGUGUGGUUUGAGUUCUGCAGCGACUUCAAGACCAUUUGGAAGCGGGAGAGUAAGAACAUAUCUAAAGAGAGGUUGAAAAUGGCUCAGGCAUCUGUGAGCAAACUGACCUCAGAGAAGAAAGUGGAGACAAAGAAAAUCAAUCCCACCGCUAGUCUAAAAGAAAGACUGCGUCAGAAGGAAGCCAGUGUGGCCACCAACUAAGAUUAAAGCCGAAGGAAAUUGCGGCGUGACAGGAGGCGCUUCAGUGUUCCUUCAGACACAAGCGCCAAGGGGAGUUCCUGAGAUGCCUGUCACAGAAUAUUUGCUUAUCUCCUUCCGAGGUCACCUGCAGAACUCGCCUUGUGCCUUCUUUGUCAGCCAUGGGAACAAUACAAAGCUAUGUAUAGGAAUAUUACAGGAAUAUUUAAUAAUUCUUCCUUAUGCAAGUCCAAAGUCCACCCUAUAAUAAGAUCAGGAGAUAUGCCUUUUUUUCACAUUUUAUUUAAAGCUGAAAUUCUAAGCUUUCCAAUGUACAACCUUGUCAUGCAAAAAAAGAAAUCUUUUAUGCUGAUUGCCUUGAGAGAACUCAAGCUUUGAUCCUCACACAGUAUAGUUUUUUGUUGAUCUUAAUUUUGAUCCUGUUGUAUCAAGAUCCUAUGGCAUUUUCACCAAAAAUGUUGAAACUUACCAGGACUAUUUUUUAAGAGGUUUAUUACUGUGUAUCUCCCAGACUAGGAAAAUAAUUUUUGAGGAUGAUGAUGAUGGUGAUGAUGAUGAUGGGGAUCAUGGUGGUGAUGAUGAUGAUAUAAUGAAAAGGAAAGAAUUGAAAUUUCACAUGGGUGGAGAGAGAAUAAUAAUCAUAAACCUUAUUCUGGAGAAGGAGUUACAAUGCUGGGAGUGAACACCAGCCAUGAGAUAGACCCAUUCAGUUAACAUGGCUUCCUGGCCAGUAGAGAAUCUAUAUCAACUUUAACAGAAAAAGGGCAGGGAAGGACUUGGAUCAAGAGUACUCACUUGGGUGAGGAACUAUGUGGUUGUAAAUCCAUUAUGGACAGAGAAUGAAUGCUAUGCUGAUACGCAGAUGAUGUCUACAUUGUAGUCUACUACUUGUGGCCCAGUCUCUUCCACCACCCCGAGAAGUGUCCAGACAAGAGAGCAAAUGCUACUCUCUACCGUGAUUAUGACCUUAACUCAUAAGUUUGUGAAGGAAGAUAACGAAGGGACUAUUUGGUAUCUAAAAACUUAUGAGCAGAAAAAAGUUAUUUCCAAUAAAGUGAAAAUAAGGAGGGUAUGUUAAUAUUAGUCUCUGAAUGGAAUGUCAGGGACAGGUUGUGUUUUCUAACUCUAGCCCUUAAAUCACAGAGAAAAGCCACUUAGAUCUUUUUUUCCUACCUUCCCCCCCUAAGCUACCCCUGUUUGGGAGAGUAAGAAAUGGGACUGGGAAAGAACGGAGGACUGUCUUGAAGACUGUGGCUUCUAUGUUUUCUUUUCUUGUCGUUGGAGACAGUCUGGAGUUGCUCGGCAUCUUGUGUCUUUUGUUGAUCUGGCUAUCUCCGGCUGACUCGUGUGUGGCUUGCCUCUUGCCUCAGCAACUUUCUAGAAACUUUGAACUUGCCAGAUACACUAAGUGUCUUCCCAGAAUCUGCCUGCCAGUCGUCAGCCCCCAACUCAGGGACACUCCGAUAACAGAUACAAGCUAAUAAAGGCAGUACCAUAGCCUGAUGUUGUGCAAACCUUGCGAAGCAAGAGUAGCUGGCAUCUAAUAAGUUACAGAUGCUAUUUUCAUUCAGGUGCUAACUGUCUUUCGGUUGCUCAAAGGAGGGAGUAUGGCUGCAUGGUUUAUUUUAAUCAAAACGAAGGGAUGAGACAAAAUAGACAACCAGAUAAGGAACUUGGCAUGACUAGAUUGGCUUGACAUUGCUGGUCUUUUCCCAUUGCUUCUUGAUUUUGUUUCUCUUCAUUCUCACUCUUAACUAUGGAGAAGAGCAAGAGCCUUAACAAGCAAGGUAAAUUCCACCUGUAGACACCCUUCACUCCAUGGUGUCCUUGUUGAAGUGCAAUGAAAAAUGCAGUUUUGUCUAUGCCACAGGAAUCACCUCAGCAUUCCAUGAGAGCUGCAUAUGCAUAGACCUUUAUGGAUCCCGUGAAUGGGAUGAGUAGGAGCAGAAGGCUUUUGGUGGUGUCAAUGCUACCUGACUCAGAUCUCUAAUGUGCACAUGAGUCGUCAUAGAUGGCACUGUCUCUCUGCCCUUCUAGGACACAGCAGAUCCUGCAGGCUAUCCGGAAGUAGAUCAUACCAUUGGGGGUUGGGGAUGCUUUGUUUCCUAGCAUCCUAAGUCUGUUCUGUAGUAUUUACCCUGCCCCCUUAAAAAGUCAAAGAUAAAACCAAUUAGGAUAAGGAUGCUUCCGAGAUGGCUCAACAGUUAAGAGCAUGUACUGUUCUUGUGGGUGGCCCAAAUCUGAAUUCCAGUGCCCAUGUCGAGUGGCUCACAAUCACCUAUAACUCUAUCUUGGGGAAUCUGACAUCCUCUUCUGUUCUCCAUGGGCAGCUGCACUCACAUGCACAGAUACACACACAGUCAUACAUGUACCAUACAGAGACAUACAUAUAUUCACAUAAUUAAAAAAUAAAAAUAAAUCUUAAAAUACCAACAGGGGACAUGAUAUGGCAAAAUAAAUUAAAAAAAAAGCCUAAAAGGAUAGUUUUGUCCCAAAUAUCUCAUUUUACAAAGUAGUUUAAAUUCUGUUAAAAAACACUAGCAAGAAGUAUAUAUUUCCUUUCUUUUUUAAUUUUUCAUUUUACUUUGCCUGUACUUAUCAAAGAAAACAAUACCAAAAGAUGACGGGAAAGCCUCUGUUUCCAUCGAUUUGGUAAUGUACAAAUAAGUGUAAUUACUGGAUCACAAAACAGAGACUAUGAAAUCCAAAGUGGCAGCAGCCCUAAGGAAACAGAUAUGAAAUUGAAUGGCUGUGAUGGCUGCUGGGAGGGAGCAAAGCUCCUGCCAUCCUCACCUGAGACUGCAGCUUAUGCCGGCCAUUUUUCCUAUGAAAGAGCCUAAGAUUGUCUUAGGAGACUCAGUCUAGAAAAAGCCCCUUAGAGAAAAGUAUGGUGUCCUGGAGUUGGAUGUGUCUGUGUUCUUCCUAUGAAGUCUCCUAAGAGGAGCUUAUAAAUGAGUAGAACAUCAGAAGACCAGGCAAUUCAGAGUUCAGCUAUUUGGGCUUAAGGGACCCUGCAGCUAAGUAGAGUGGACUGGAUAAAGCAAUGAACUUUCACCCAUGCCAGCUACUUCAUCUACAUAAAGAAAUCUGCGAUGCGGGUGAGACAGGUCUGUUCUGAAACUGAUAAGGUUCUAAAAGAAUGGAUUAACUUUUAGCUCUCACCAGAAGCAGAUAACAUCGGAUAUGUUUUCAUCUUUCGGCUAUAGAAAGAAACAACCCAGCCGCUUUGAAGCCAUGGCUGAUACAGAAUCGAUUUAAAGGCAAUCACCUCCAAACACUCACCUCAGCAGCUCUACCCUCACUCGGGCUUACACAAGUGUUUUAUUUUGGUGGCUACUGGAUCCAGGCACAAGCAUGCUCAGUUACACAGCUGCACAGGACUGAGCGGCACGUUCUGUCAUUCCUGCUUCCCUGUCAGCUGCUGGCUCCUUGUUAGUAGUUCUUAUUGGUUUCUUCAUUCUUCACUUCCCUCCGCAAGGAUGGGCAAUCUACCAAACUCUUUGCCAGGUAGGGGUGAAUUUAAGAGUUUCAGCGCGUUUCACACCAAGCCAGUUGAGUAGCCUUGUUUGUUCCAAGAUAACGCCUUAUAUCACAUUUGGGAAAUAUGACUACUUAACAGCUUACUCAGAAACAUGGAGACGUUAAAACAAUAGCUCUCUGACUGGGUCUCUUCAGCUGUCGUCAGGCUUCUACCAAAAGAAUUACUAGAAAAGCAAAAGGAGCCAUGUGCUGUCCUUGAGCAUGCGUACUGGUGUGCAUUCCCCACUCUGUAUCAACUCAUCCCCAAACGCUCUGUGGAGGACCAGUGCCACUGAGACCCUUUUAUUUCUCUUCCCUUCAGUCUGUAGCUCGCAUGAACCCUGCAAAAUUUAAAAAAAAAAAAAAAAAUGAAUUGGUGCAGAAGAGACUGACCCAUCCUUAGUUAACUUGUUUGGUUUUAAGUAACAGACCACGCCUGCAUACUCCGUACACUUCGCGCUACAAACUCCAUCUGUCCUCAGGUAAUUGUCUGGUUUUCAGUCUUAAGUGUACAAGACUGGACACUGACCCAACUGCUUCUGUGGUUCCACGGUCGUUUUUCAUGGUUCGUGUGAAAUGUGAUAGCACUGGCAACCGAGACACGAGUGAGUCAGUGUGCUCAGGCAGAAAUGAACACCCCAAGGAUGUGACAGGGAAUAGACCGGCACUAAGACAUCAGGGGCGCCAUCUAGGCUGAGUGCUUACCUUAAGAAUAUCUUGUGUGCUCCACUUCUGAAGCUGUAAAAAUGUCUUAGAAUAUACAUCCAAUAAAUAGUGCGAGUUUCCAGUGUGUUAUCUUGUACUUAUAUCAGGUAGGAAAUCAAGUGUAUGUCAACAUGGCUUACCAAAGUCAUGGCUGCUCUCCAAUGCUAUUUCCUCCCAGGACUUUCUUCAACUUCCUUGUUAGGAGGCGAGUUAUUUUUAAUUGUUCACCUUAGUUGGCUUUCUAUGUCAAUACUUCUCAAAGGCCAGCCCUGGAGACCACUGAGCACCCAGGGAGGUUUACUCUGCCUCCCCCUAGCAUUCGUGAUAGCUGUUCAGCAAUGAGCAAUUCUGGAGGUCCAUGGAAUGAAUUUUAAUCUCUCUUAUGUCUGUACAGUGUAUAAAAAGGAGCACUCAGCAUGCACAAAAAUUAUACUGCUCAUCCAUCGAAAGGCCAAGAAGCAUUUAGAAUACUUGCAUUGUAGGUAUGUUUUGUGAACCACAAAUUAUCUUUUUUUUUCUAUUUUUUUUUAAAGAUAUACUCGUUUUUAUUUGAGUGCCUUCAUGUAUGUAUGUGCACCGCCAGUGUCCCUGGUGUCUGCAGAAGCCAGAAGGAGGCUGUUAGAUCCCCCUGGAACUGGAGUUACAAACAGUGUGCGUGCAACUGUGUGAGUAGUUGGAACUGAACUUGGACCUGCUGCAAGAGCAGCAAGCGCUAUUAACCACUGACCCAUUUCUCCAGCCCCCUCUUCUGAUCAUCUUUCUCUGGAUGUAACCUAAGUUCUCCUGUCUUACCGUCAGUCUCGCUAGUGGUUCAAACUGAUCUUGGAAGGCAUUCGCUACUCUUAGAAACAAACCCAUGAGUAAAGAAGAAGAAGAUCUUGAACUGAUUCUGCGGUGAUUCAAGUAGGAUUGCGGGGUCUACCAAAGACAUAGGUUUCUUCCAAAAUCAUUAAUUUUAUAAUUCUGCUACUUUAAAGCUUCCUGAGACAAAAAGACUCCGCCCCUGCUGUCCUGCUGUCCACUGGGUGUGUAAUCUUUGAGGCAUAUGCUUUUAGAAAAAAGGAUUUCCCUUUAAGGGAACAAUCUAAGAUACUCUUUGAGAGGCAGAAAGUUUACAAAUUAGACACUGGAUAUUUUUUAAGAACCUUUAGCGGAAGCAUGUCAUCAAUUCAUCACAGUCUUUUCCAGUCUUUGAGUUAUAAUCCAGACUAGUGUGGGAAGCGGUCUCCCUGAACUUUGAUUUAGGGAUCGUGUUUUGGCCUGGAAAAUAAACAUUGGCCUGCAUGUCUAGAAACUCCCUGAAAUCAGUUAGCAUCCUAAUACAAGUCAGAUGCUACAGAAAUGUAAGUCACUUCAAGUCAUUUAUGGUUUGGCUUGGUUCGGUUUAAUUUUCUUAGCACCACCUGGGAUCACGGAGCCUGCUUCCUAAGAUUCAUGCAACCUCUGCAAGCGUCUCCCAUCCACCUUCUGAGAUCUCAGGCAGUAUGGGAUGACUGAGGAAAACCAGCAAGCAGGAGAGAAGAAAAACUGAACAAAUCCAGUGCAGUGCUUUGCACGACUAUCACCAUGAUAAUGCUAGGGACAGCUUUUAAUAGAAAUUGAAGUAAUUUGUAUUAGGAAAAUAGGGGUGUCCCAUAUGUUGUUAUAGCUCAAUGACAGACUCCGUGCUGCAAAGGCAGGUCCUCCAAUGAGACUGGUUCAUGCUUCAGAUUCUGUUACAAGUGUCACUUGGCCAAGGACCUUCCUGUUCCCUCUAAGGCUGCUCCCAAGCCCUCUCAGCACCCAGUGUCCUCUAGCUUUCCUCCUUCCCACACUUCAUCUUCAGCCUCCCCUCCCUUCAUAGACCGCAGCCCUUCUCUCCUGAAGGGACCCUGCAGCUACUCUCUACCUCUGCAGCAUAGACACUGACUGUCCCAUGUAACUCUCACACCCUGUGCUCCAGCGUUCAGUGUUUGGACAGAGCACCACUGUCACCAAGGAGCCUGUGUGAGACACACCGCCGAGACUGCCUCUCAUUAAUGUCAGCAUCACCUCAUCACUUGAGCAAAGAGGGAAAAAUCCAUAAAGAAAGUGGAAAAUGCAUUAAUGCAUUUCGUUUUUCAUUUUGUUCUACUUUAUUAAAAAGGCCGGGUGUUCUGGUUGUUGGCUUCUCGUAGAUUUUUAAACUAUCUAAUUAGAGAACACUUUUGAUCCGUCACAGCAGGUUACCAUCCACGACAAGGCUAACUCUUGGAGUCUGAGCUUCCUGUGCUGCCGGACAAAUGGAGCUCUGUGCAAACAAUUUGAAUCAUAACACUUGUUAUCACCACUCCAUUCUUACUACCACUCAUGACUCAAACAUCUACCACCAUCUGAAUCGGGAUGUUGACAUUUUGUGGUUAUUUUCAGAUUAACAGUAACUUGUUAUGCUCUUAAAAGCACUCAUAGAAAGUGUAGCAUGUCCUGAAUAGUUUACUAUUUUGUCAUGUUAAGAUUCAGCCUUUCUGAACUUGAACUGUUAGACCAAUCUGUAGAUGUAGCGCUAACCAAUAGAAGGAAGACAGCUUUGGAAAGAAGAAGGCACUUUAGAGACAUGAAACCUUAUAUUACAUGCUCUUGAAUGUUUCUAAACAUAAUAAGCUAACUGGAUUUGGGUAUGGUAUUUUCCAUUUAAGUUAAAAACAAUAUGUAUUUCUAAUUUGCAUAUUUAAUUGCUUCAACACUGAGAAAUGUUCAUGAGUUGAAUUUGUAAAUGUAAUUUGCAACCAAAUGAAGUAUUUAUUCUUAAAAAGAAAAGGUGAAGGAGCCAAUAUCAACUUGUACAUAGUGAAAAUAUGUGUGUAUAUAUAUUUUUUCUUCUCAACACUACUUGAUUAUUAUAUCAAGUGUAUUUUUGUACAUAAUAUAUAUUGGUUAGAAAAAUUUAGAUUGUCUAUUGAGAGAAAUUCUAUCUCCGUGAUGGAUUAUAUAUAUCCUAAUCUAUUCAUAUUCUGUUGAUUUGUUUUAAAAGAUAGAACUCUAUUUUUUUGAAUUUCCAAAGAAUUGCAUUCACAGCUUCAACUUGUAAAUACGCUAAGGGUAUUUUAAUAAACCUUGGU